AUGUUCUUCCCUCCCCCCAUCACAAUUGACCUUCCACAGUUGCCUUUGGAAAACAUGGAGGAACUCGCGGUCAGCCACCUGUCCUGGUUUGCAGGACAUGACACUGAGAAACACACCAACCUUGGUGUCCAGGAAUGGAUUACAUUCCAGGGUUUGCAUUGUGAUGAAUCUGCUUACGAUCAAGAUGCAUGGAGAAAGUUGGUCAAGGACCAACAGACUAAGGAUCUCAUAGGAUCCAUAUUAGAUACCAUUGGAUCUUCUCAUGACAGUCCACAGCCAGAGAGAGUUCGGGAAGGCACGAAUAUCCUGCUGAAAGGGGCCCUAGGAACGGGCAAAAAGACAGUUGCGCAUGCUAUCUGCAACAUGCUCAAGCGCCCGAUGCUUGACAUUCGGGCGAAUGACAUCCCACUGACGUGCGACAAUGUGCAACCUUGGGCCGCCAAACUAGCAUCGCUUGCAAUAGAGUGGAAUGCGGUAGUGGUCGUAGACUGCGGAGAUUAUUUCAUAAAUUCUGAAUGUGCAGGGGGUGAAGAACGCAUCAAUUUGAUGGUUCAAGAAUUUGAAUCGCCCGGAUGUAUCUGUCUGUGGCCCGCGGUGUUGACGGACGAGCAGCAGGCACUACUCAGGCCGUUCUCGGCCACCAUCAGAUUCCCCGAUCUCGAUCUGGUAGCCCGUCGCCGACGUUGGCUACAACUCUUUGGCCGAGAUGACCUGGCGGUAGCUAUCUCUAGCGGCAAGCACGCAUCCGUCCCUAGUGUGAGGGACACGGAGGCGUUGAACUUCCUUCGGGAGAUUGAGAAAAUCUCUUGGUACGAACUCGAUGGAGCUGAUAUUGAAAAUUUCAUGGAUUUGGCACGAAGCUUGUCUGGAGGACGAGAUCCAACCCCCCAUGACGUAAAGGAGUAUGUCAAGGUCUGGGGUGUGCCCCUUUCUGUACGGAGCAAGGUGGCGCGGUUUUUCGCACUCCGUGACAUGCAUCCGCCCCACUUGGCACUUUAUGGCACAUGA